AUUUGUGUUUAUAAAGUAUAUUGAUAGGAAAGCUCCCGUCCCACAGUUUAUAAAGAAGUAUACAGCACUCCUUGUGUUCUCAGUGGACUGCUGAUUUCACACACAACACUCUUUGUGAUUUUUGCUAAACCUUUGCCUCCUAGGUUAUCCCAUAAUUAUAAGUUACUGAGCGAGAGUAGUGUUAGCUUAAAUGUCAUCUUCACAGUUAAGGAAUAAGACAGAAGCACGAUGGAGAUGUACGUUGGAACUCAGCUCAGUUGUCUGUACAGCUUCAUUGUUGAAGUGAGUCAGGACUUCAGAACACUGGAAUAAUACUUUUUAAUUCUGAGUUGUUAUUCACAAUUUAGGCAGCAGGCAUAACAAUUAAAUUUACAUUAGAAACACAUUUUCCAUCAUUUUCUAAGCCCUAAGCAGUCAGUGAAAGCAUACACUAAGUCCUGAUCUUUUUGCUGGUUUCCAGGUAAAUGCGCACUCCAAUAAUGGUUUUGAGCUGGCAACAUAUUGUCAUGGAACAGAGUGGGAGACAGAUGUACAAUAAUAGCACAUCCUCAGAUAGUCCUUCCCGCACCCAGAUAAACCGCUCUGAGAGCACACAGCAUAAUAAAUCGACAAGCAAAGAGGCUGCCUGUAAGCGACAGAGUAGAGAAGCGUCCUGGGAUUCCUCACUAGUGCUGAAGAAACCGAAGCAGAACCCACUUUCCACAGUAACUGACUCUGAGGUGGCUUUGGUCAGCGCCUACCUUGAACAAAGACGAGCCAGGCGCCAUUCCCAGUUUCACCGGGUGAAUCAGAUCCAACAAGACAGUGACACCACUGAAUGUGACAGUGAGGAGUCAAACUCCGGAGUGUCAUCCUGGAAGGAGAGCGAAAGCGACCAUCAUCCGUCACCUGCCACUAUUAAGAGGAGGAAGUCAGUGGCGAGGCAAAGGGAUAUGGAAAACUAUGAAGUCCGAGAGAGGCCUUGUCUCCACUGCAAAGCCAUGAGAACCAGUGAGUGGCUGACACGUCACUUCCCACCAAGCACUUCAGUAACAACCCCCAUGAAGGGAGAGAUUCAAGAGGAGAAUUUGACACCUGGUAGUACCAACACAAAAUUAAGCAAGUUUUGAAUUUUGGCAUCUUUACCUUACUUGAAGUCAAAAAGAGGAGGUGAAUAAAACAUGGAAAUCAGAGUUGUAGGUGAGGGAGACGUUCACAAUAAAGCCUCUUUACUAACAACAAAAGUAUAAUUGGAGCCCAAGACAAAUUUCAAAUAUCAGACAGAUUCAUUGCUUAAAACAAGGGCAGAGAAUUUGUUCAUGCCACCAUGGGAACACAGAAGACCUGUAUCUUCUAUGAUCUUUUUUUUUUUUUUUUUUUUUUUGGUUCUUUUUUUCCGGAGCUGGGGACCGAACCCAGGGUCUUGCGCUUCCUAGGUAAGCGCUCUACCACUGAGCUAAAUCCCCAGCCCCAUAUGAUCUUUUUUUAAGUCAAAAGAGCCCAGGGCAGAUAGUCCAUACCCCAAGUAUAUGUAUUUUGUUUGUCUAUGAUACAAAUAUGAAAGCUCUUUGAAAAUAUAUUUAUGUUGAGAAACCA